AUGUCGCCCCAGAUUAUUAAGGUGUUACUAAUUAGAGUAAAUACUUGGUGCGAUACUAUUAAUAUAAAAUGGUCUGUAUUUGAGAAAGUUAAUCAGUUGGUAUUUGACGAAGCCAAUACACUUAAAAAAUUGGAAUGUUGGAACAGAGGGACUAAAGGAAAAAUGAAUAAUUCAUUGAAAUCAUCAGAAA